UGCGUGAAUGGAAAUUCAAAUUAGCCGCCGCUGUACUGGUCCACGCCUCUGGUUACUGCCAGACGAGCCUGCGUGACUGGCACCAGUAACAUCCGUGAAGACUUGGUGAAAUGGCGACUCUGGCUCCUAUAAUUAUCGACGGGAGUUACUUGGAAGGAGGUGGUCAGAUACUGCGUAUGGGGCUGGCUCUUAGUGCUGUGCAAGCUCUCCCAAUUUCUGUCACAAAAGUGCGUGCCGGAAGAAGUACUCCAGGUCUCCGUCCCCAGCAUUUAACAGGUCUCCAAUUGGUGCGUGAUGCUUCCAAGGGAAGACUAGAAGGUGGACAGAUUGGCUCAUGUGAAAUUACCUUCUACCCAGGAACCAUUGCUGGAGGAGGGUAUCUUGCUGACACACAAACUGCUGGGAGUGUUACACUGCUUAUUCAGGCAGUUCUACCUUGCACACUCUUUGCUAAUUCUCCAUCAUAUUAUAAGCUUCGGGGUGGCACAAAUGCAGAGUUUGCCCCUCAGAUUGACUACACAAUACAGGUUUUCAGGAAAAUCAUCUACUCAUUUGGUGUGGAUUUCACAGUCUUUCUUAACAAAAGGGGUUUCUUUCCAAAGGGACAAGGGGAAGUGACCUUGGAAGUAAAACCAGUAAUGAAGGCAUUGAAAGCUGCUGAUAUCACAGACUUUGGUGAAGUGGUGUCAGUUCAUGGCAUUGCUUAUGUAGCAGGAGUUCUUCCUAUCAAGGUUGCUCACAAGAUGGCAAAUGCAGCUGUAGAUCUGUUACACCAAAGACUACCUCAAAACAUUGAUAUAAGGAUUAACAGAGUAAAAGAUGACCAAGAGAGAGCCUUUGGGAAUGGUUCAGGGAUUGUUUUAUGGGCUAAAACCAGCACUGGUUGUAUUCUUGGAGGAUCUGCUCUUGGCAAGAGAGGGAGGGAGGCAGAAGAGGAUGGAUGCACAGCAGCUUCAGAAAUCAUAAGCUGUGUGGAAAAUCGAUUGUGUCUGGACAGUUAUGCACAAGACCAGGUAAUAAUUUAUAUGGCACUAGCUGAAGGCAAAUCCAGGAUACGCACAGGACCUCUUACAAACCAUACACGAACUGCCAUCUGGGUGGCAGAGAUGAUGACAAAGGCAGAAUUUAAGAUAAUUCAGGAAGAAGGCACUGACUGCAUUAUUGUAGAAUGUGAAGGAAUAGGCUUCACUCGUGCAAGGCGCAACUGAUGCUCAGUAUUAUGUAAAACUGUAUUCCUAAAUUAAAUAGACAACUCUCUUUAUAUUCUAGUCUUGAUUUCUUUGAUGAAUAUCAAGUGAUUUUGUUGUAUUCAUAACAAUAGAUAAAUGUAAUUAAAUAAUAAUGUGUGUGUGUGUGUGUGUGUGUGUGUGUGUGUGUGUGUGUGUGUGUGUGUGUGUGUGUGUGUGUGUGUGUGUGUGUGUGUGUGUGUGUGUGUGACUGACUGACACACAUGCAAUGGAAAUUAGUUAAGAUAUGACCUCUUCAUCUGUGCAAGCUCUGUUCUGCAAACUGAAGGGAAUAUAUUUGCUCAGAUCUUUGCAGGAAAAUAUGGAAUUAAAUUCAGUCAUGGGGAAUGUGUUUGUGUGUGCUCUUGGCUAUUUUCUUUGGCCUGUAUGAUGCCAAUAGACAAUUUUUGCAAUGUAAUUCAAGUGGUUUGUUCAGUUACCUACAGUUUUAAUUAAUUUAAUUGCAAGUUUAAAGAAAAAUAUGGAACCAUAAUGAAGAGAUAAAUUUGGUUGUAUUCAAAUACUGUGCAUGUGUGUGAGACAGACCCAGGUAUGCAUGAAUUUUAAACAAUUUUGGAGGCUCCCUUCCCACCAGAGGUUGACGGGACUAAGAGAGCAAAUGAUAAGUGUAUGAGUGUGUGGUGCCUUUUCUGGACUAUCCCAUGUAGGAUUACCUGCUUGUAAUAUAGAUAGAUAGAAAUGGUUAAAAUAGAUGUCAUAAUUCUGGAGAAGUAUAAUUCAUUUAAAUUUUG